AUGUCUCUAUUCGGCUCCGCCCCCUCCGCCCCCUCCAAGUCCUCCGAGGACAUCAAGACCGCCCUCGUGCAGCAGCUGCAGCAGGAGUCGGCCAUGAACAACGCCCGUGCUCUGAUCGGAAAAAUCAACGAGCACUGCUACGACGCCUGCAUUCCCGCCCCCGGUUCCUCCAUGUCUUCCAAGGAGAGCAGCUGCCUGUCCAGCUGCAUGGAGAAGUACAUCGCCAUGUGGAACGUCACCAGCCGCACCUACAUCAGCCGCGUUUCCCAGGAGAGCAAGAAGAUGGGUGGCGACGCUUCCGCCCUGGUCGCCAUGGGCACUGGCUCUUCCUAG